AAAACUUUCACUCAAUCAGGUGCUCUCCAAUCACAUAAACGUAUUCACAUGGGAGAAAAACCUUACAGCUGUGAAGAGUGUGGGAAAACUUUCACACAAUCAAGUCAUCUCCAAUCACAUCACCGUAUUCACACGGGAGAAAAACCUUACAGCUGUGAAGAGUGUGGGAAAACUUUCACUACAUCAGAUGCUCACAAAACACAUCACCGUGUUCACACUGGAGAAAAACCUUACAGCUGUGAAGAGUGUGGGAAAACUUUCUCUAGAUUAAAUGCUCUCAAAGCACAUCGCCUUAUUCACACUGGAGAAAGACCUCACAGCUGUGAAGAGUGUGGGAAAACUUUCACUACAUUAGGUGUUCUAGAAUCACAUCGCCGUAUUCAUACCGGAGAAAAACCUUACAGCUGUGAAGAGUGUGGGACAAGUUUCACUACAUCAGGUAAUCUCAAAUCACAUCGCCGUAUUCACACUGGAGAAAAACCGUACUGGUGUGAAGAGUGUGGGAAAACUUACGCUAGAGCAGAUGCUCUCAAAAACAUCUUCGUGCUCACACAGGAGAAAAACCAUAGUGGUUUUAUGAGUGUAGGGCCCUGGUUUAAGCUUAUUUAGUUGUUUUUUUACAGUAAACAACUCCCAUCUAUUG